AUGAGGGUGGGAUUGAAGUAUUUGGGAUUCAGUUUGCAUUGGCAUGGAGGUGGGGGUGGGGGUGGUGACAGGUUAGCGGGAGGGGAUGGGGGAAGUGAAGGUGAUGAUGGUGAGGCGGUAGAGGGAGAGAUGGGUUCAGAUAGUUAUUCAGUGGGAUCAGACCUGGAGGUAGCAGGUAAGGGGUUGGAUAGAGGUUGUUCAGGAGGAGGAGGAGGAGCGGGAGAGGGAGGGGGUAGUAUAGGUAGCGAUGGUAUAGGGGAUAUAGGAGUAGAGGGUGAGUGUGUGGUGAAGUAUUCAUCAACAAUGGGAAUAGAAGGAGUUGGCGAGGACGAGUUUUUGUGGGGAAAGAUAUGA